AUGCUGGAAUCUUCUCUUUUGAAGCAGGUCUUUCCAAAGAACACAAAAGAGGAAUAUCUCAUACGAAGUGCAGCUAUGACAUUGGAUAUUUCGCAAGAGCCGCAAAUCCUGGAGUCGUGCAAGACGGUGGAACUAGACUCUCCGGCAACAGCUCUGGAUACUACGGAAGAAAGUAACCUUUUGCAGGAGAACGAGCUCUUUGGAAUGGAUAAAGGCCAGAAAUUUCCUGAUGGCGGUAGAAAGGCAUACACAGUAGUUUUGGGAGCCAAUUUGGGACUGAUGGCUACGUUUGCUAUCAUGAACUCAAUGGGUGUGGUAGAAUCGUAUAUCAUGUCUCACCAGCUCGCUGAACUCCCAACCUCAACUGUUGGUUGGGUCUUUGGAGUAUACACCUUCAUGACAUAUGCUGGAGGCAUUGUUGGGGGUCCUAUUUUUGAUGCUCUUGGAGUUAAAUAUCCGCUAGUAGCAGGUGCUAUUCUUCAAUGUGGUGGGAUCUUUGCUACGGCCAACGCUAAAACCGUCUGGCAAUUUGUUCUGGGUUACGGUGUAAUGGCAGGUCUGGGAACAGCGUUGCUAAUGCCAUCUGUUAUUGGUGUCGUCAGUCAUUGGUUUUUAAAAAGGAGAGGAUUAGCUCUUGGAAUGGCUCAGAUGGGAGGAAGCGCAGGUGGAAUCGUCUUCCCUCUCAUGUUCAGGUCGUUGUUUCCUAAAAUCGGCUAUGCAUGGUCCAUGCGCGUGUUUGCGUUCAUUUCUGUGGUAUUGUUGCUUUGUUGCUUUCUUCUAGUCAGAGACAGAAACGACGAAAUCAAUGAAAAAUUUUCAGGUAAAAGCGUUUGGGAAAGGGUCAAAGCGUCCAUUGACUUUUCUGGCUUUAAGGAUCCCAGAUACAGAUGGCUGACUUGCUCCCUGUUUUUUAAUGAGUUUUCCCUCAUGAUCAACUACACAUAUCUGCCGUCCUAUGCGACUUCGCGUGGGUUUUCUGAUUCAACUGGAUAUCUCACGUUGGUCGCUCUCAACGCAGCUGGUAUGAUUGGGAGAUCUAUUCCAGCACAUUUUUCCGACCGCAUCGGAAGAUUCAAUACAAUAACAGUGGCAGCACUGAUGAUUGCUAUCUCUAACUGGGCCAUCUGGUUGCCCUUUGGCUCCAACAUCUACGGUCUGUACGUAUUCUGUGGAAUCUUUGGUGCUUCCGCUGCAACUACUCUCAGUCUGACGGCCAUUUGCACGGGCCAAAUAUCACGCGUUGAAGACUUUGGCAAGAGAUUCGGCACAGCCUACUUCUUUGUUGCCUUCGGAAACCUCAUUGUGUUGCCAAUUGGUGGUGCGAUCAUCGGAAACGGUUCUCGCAAUGGCUACAACCAUAUGGUGCUGUUUGCAUGCUGCAUGAGCACUCUCACGUUUGUGUGCUUCCUUGCGACCAGAUUUACAGUAAGUCGGGGCUUGAUUGUAUAG